AUGCAACCUGCGUUGGCGCCAGCGCCGCAUCCCAGUAUGCAAUCCUCUGCUCAGGACCACGCGGACCAGGUCCUUCAUGACCAGCUUCUGGCUGCGCAGCACCAGCUGCAAAGUCGUCACCAGGGCGGCCCGGGUCCUCAGCAACAUAUGGCGCCCAACACAGCUAGCCCUCGUGACCAGGCUAACAUUGACCCUGCCAUCUCGGGGGCGGCCAUGAUGGGUGCCCCUCCACCACAGACCCCAACCCAGCCCCAGCAGGGCUCGCCUGAGAGUGGAACUCCUAAGUCAUAUGGUAAGAGGGAACUGUCAACUUCGAAGCGUGCCGCUCAAAAUCGUGCUGCUCAGCGCGCUUUCCGCCAGCGUAAGGAGACCUAUAUCCGCAAGCUUGAGGAUGAGAACAAGAACAUCGACGGCUACAAGGACACCAUGUCCAAGCUUAUGAAUGAGAACUAUGCUCUGCGUGACCAUAUCAUCACUCUCCAGACUCGUCUGAUGGAGGCCCAAGUUGAGGUCCCAGACUUACCUCCUAACAUCGAUCUGAACCAGCAGCCUCGUCACGACCUGGCUCUUACUGGUAUGACCGGUGGACCAGGAAGUGUCACUGCAACCAGUGGUCAGCCUCAGCAAGCCCAGCACCCUGGCACUGUUAACGACGACAUGAACUCAUUGAACCGGAUUGCCGUUGCCGGUCUUGGUAUGCGCAAGCACCCAGAUGAGACCAACUUCAUGGGAAACAAUUUCCAGCAGAACAAGCGUGCCCGUCCUGAUGAGAACACAACGGACCCUGACCUUGUUGCCAAGCAGGAGGGACAACACCCUCAUGGACUCCCGAUGGCUUAA